AUGUUAGCGUGUGUCUGGGGAGGAAGGGGAGGAAGGUUACCUUCUUGGGAGAGUGCCAGUAGUCAGGUGCGUACUUCAGUUGUACUGUACCUGCUGGAAGACCCUGUCAUCAGUUGCCAGCAUGUAUCGUCAAGUCUUGUGACCCCAGGCUGCUUGUGCGUUGCCAAAACGGUGCACGGGACAGAGUCAGAACCACCAUUGGUCAUGACACUCAACAAUCAACAAGCUGUCAUUAGUACUCACCCAAAAAUAGCAUCAUCUCCGACCCUCUUUGUUUGGGGGCCAAACACUCUCUCCCACGCACGCCACGAUGGUGUAGGCCCAAAUCACCGCCAUCCAUUUAGUGCAUGUCUAUUUUGCAAGACCCGACGGCUUCUUACAUGUCGGUGCACUUUGGCAAGGGCUCCUCGGGGAACAAGGUUCAGCUCGGAAGUGUGCCACCAAGACGCUUCUGCUGGAGGCUGCAUGCACGCACAAAAACUGGCUUUUUGUGUUUUUUUUUUUUUUUUUUUUGGGGUUAGGCAGAAACACAAAGUCAAACCAAACACACACAGGAGGGCCGGUUGGGAACGCACCAUGCCUAUAUAUAUAUAUACCUCUGGAGCCUCCACAAUUGAGAGACACAAAACCAACACCUCACACAACCAUGCCUGCCACUCCCGUAGGUGA